CCGGAAGUAGGACGUUUCGUCACUGUAGUGGGGAAUUCAAACUUCGACAACAGGACGUAUAUUACUAAUACAAAGUAUAUAUUUACCCACAUUCGUGAUAACGUUUGCUUUCUUCACUAUAUCCAAGUUUUUUAAAAGUUUUUUUUAUUUAAGCUGGAAGGUUGUGUUUUCGGCGAGAUGCCCAUGGACAGCGCGGCGGAACUCCUCACGUACUAUGAAGUCUACGAGACCAUCGGCUCCGGAGGCUUUGCUAAGGUCAAGCUGGGUCGCCACAUCCUGACUGGAGAGAAUGUGGCCAUUAAAAUCAUGGAGAAGAAGGAACUGGGGGAGGACCUUCCUCGUGUGAAGGUGGAGAUAGAGGCCAUGAAGAGUCUGAGCCAUCAGCAUGUCUGUAGACUGUACCACGUUAUAGAGACUAAUACCAAGAUAUACAUGAUCCUGGAGUAUUGUCCAGGAGGAGAGCUGUUUGACUACAUCAUCGCUAAGGACCGUCUGUCUGAAGAGGAGACAAGAGUGUUCUUCAGACAGAUCGUUUCGGCGCUGGCCUACGUCCACAGCCAGGGGUACGCCCACAGAGACCUGAAACCGGAGAACUUGUUGCUAGAUGAAGACCACAACCUGAAACUGAUAGACUUUGGUCUCUGUGCCAAACCCAAGGGGGGUCUGGGAUAUGAGCUGAUGACCUGUUGUGGUAGUCCAGCCUAUGCCGCUCCAGAACUCAUCCAGGGGAAAUCCUACAUCGGCUCUGAGGCUGAUGUGUGGAGUAUGGGGGUACUGCUGUUUGCUCUGCUGUGUGGAUAUCUGCCCUUUGACGACGACAACUGUAUGGUUCUCUACAGGAAAAUCACUAGAGGUACAUACAACAACCCUCACUGGCUGUCUCCUGGGAGCAUCCUGCUGCUCAACCAGAUGAUGCAGGUGGAUCCUAAGCAUCGUGUGACCAUCAAACAACUCCUAGACCACCCCUGGAUGACGUCUGGCUAUGACAGCCCUGUGGAGUGGCACAGCAAGCAACCUUUGGGUUAUAUAGAUGAGGACUGCAUCACUGAGAUGUCCGUCAACCUGAAGAACUCCAGGCAGAGCAGCCUACAGCUGGUCAAUGAGUGGAAGUACGACCAGACCACUGCCACCUACCUGUUGCUACUCUCUAAGAAACAGAGAGGGAAACCUGUCCGGAUCAGGCCUCAACUUCCUGUCUGUGAUGUCAUAUCCUGUUCACCUCAACACCUGGGAGUACAGUUUAUGCUUCGUUGCCUUGAAAAAAGACUGUACUCUUCGGUGAUGAUGAUGCUGAGGACUGUUGCUAUGAUAACGACCUGCCCUGGGUUCCGCUCACACCCCAACAAGAGAGAGCGACCUGUCCGUCAGCUGAAAAGAGGCGGGAUCAAACGAACCACGCCCCCACUCCGAAGAAGGAGCCAAUCACACACCACUGUCGCCAGGAGAGGCGGGGCCUGGAACGGACCAAUGAAAACAAAGAGAACGUUGCCGUGGCCAAUAAGGAUGCUGAUAUAUUUGCUUUGCCCGCCCCGAACCCCAGUAGCCAAUAGGAAGGCGAAUCGGCCCAAUAAGAGGGUCUUGACUACACCAACCCAUAAUAACACCAACAAGGUUGGCAACAGGGUAGACACACCCCAAGGAGGAGGCGGCAGUACUUGCAAGGACCCGUCGAGGAAGAGACAGAGGGAGAGAGUGGAAAGAAAGGAGGAAGAAGAGAUGGAGGAACUGAUCUUCAGCCCAGAGAGAAGGUCCCGGUCCUUAGACCUGGCGGGGGCGUCUCGGGGGACAGCGGCCAGAAGAGGAAGGGGCGGUAAGGUAUUCGGCAGUCUGGAGAGAGGGCUGGAUAAAGUCAUCACCAUGCUCACACCCAGCAAGAGACGAGGGCUACGGGACGGACCACGCAGGAUCAAGGCCCAGUAUAAUGUAACAUUGACCAGUCAGACCAACCCGGACCAGGUGUUGAACCAGAUCCUCUCCAUUCUACCGGAGAAACACGUCGACUUCGCACAGAAAGGCUAUACUCUGAAGUGUCGUACCCAGGGGGACUUUGGGAAGGUCACCAUGGCUUUUGAGCUGGAGGUGUGUCUGCUGCACAGACCUGAGGUGGUGUGUGUGAGGAGACAGAGGCUGAAGGGAGACUCCUGGGUUUACAAACACCUGGUGGAGGACAUUCUCUCUACUUCCAGCAUCUAGACGUCACUACUUCCUGUUGAUGUCACAUCCUGUCCACGUCCAGCACUUAAAGCAGGUGUCUUGAACUAAUUCCAUGUAGGGCAGAGUGUCUGCAGGUUCACUCUUCCCUUGUACUUAAUUGAUGAAUUAAGGUCACUGAUUAGUUAGGACCUCCCCUCACCUGGUUGUCUAGGACCUCCCCUCACCUGGUUGUCCAGGACCUCCCCUCACCUGGUUGUCCAGGACCUCCCCUCACCUGGUUGUCUAGGACCUCCCCUCACCUGGUUGUCCAGGACCUCCCCUCACCUGGUUGUCCAGGACCUCCCCUCACCUGGUUGUCCAGGACCUCCCCUCACCUUGUUGUCUAGGACCUCCCCUCACCUGGUUGUCCAGGACCUCCCCUCGCCUGGUUGUCCAGGACCUCCCCUCGCCUGGUUGUCCAGGACCUCCCCUCACCUGGUUGUCCAGGACCUCCCCUCACCUGGUUGUCCAGGACCUCCCCUCACCUGGUUGUCCAGGACCUCCCCUCACCUGGUUGUCCAGGACCUCCCCUCACCUGGUUGUCCAGGACCUCCCCUCACCUGGUUGUCCAGGACCUCCCCUCACCUGGUUGUCCAGGACCUCCCCUCACCUGGUUGUCUAGGACCUCCCCUCGCCUGGUUGUCCAGGACCUCCCCUCGCCUGGUUGUCCAGGACCUCCCCUCACCUGGUUGUCCAGGACCUCCCCUCACCUGACACAAAUCAAAAAGUAAAAUAACUAAAACCAGCAGAUAUCUGCCCUCGGUGGAAUGAGUUGGACACCUGAUCUAGAAGCACAGAUCUGGGAACAGUCUCCAUUUCCUCAACCUUAACUAGUGUAACUAUAACUAGUAGGGGGGGGGGAUCGACAUGGAAAACUGACCUGAGAUCAGUGUCACGUUUUAUAAGAUUACAACUUCCUGUCUUUUACAUGUGACAUUCCUUUCCUCCUUAAACAUGUUUCCUUUUAAGUGUGUCACGUUUUAUUUCCUCCCCCCUGAUUCAGUAGCAGGAAGGAGUUUUGAGGUGUUACGAAAUCAUAGACCUUUUUAGCUUCACAGAAUAAUAGUUUACUGAAAGCAUGAAUUCUUUACAGAAUAACAGUUCAAUGAAAGCAUUAAUACAACUUUGUUUGUUUGUACAUAUACCAGUAAUAGGAUUCCCAAUUUACUUGUUUCUCUAUCAUGUCUUUUACUUUUGUAGGAGAAAUGUUGUUUUAACUAUAUAGUAUGUUUUCUGUCUGUACGAGAUGAUUUAUGUUAAUAACGCUUUGUAAAGGAACAAAAUAAAUGGAGUUUGAAGAGAGUUUG